UCGUGAUUUUUGUUCGGUUUUUCCCUUUGAUUGAUUACUAUUGCUCCAAACACACCCCACCCAUUAUGUUCACCGCCCCUUGAAGGAUGGCGAAGUGGACAAGUGACUAACUAAUUAGUCAUUUCCCACUCCAGCAAAGAGCCCAGCUACCACCUUGGAUUAACUAAUCUGUAGUAUCACGCUUCCUACUCAAUCAUGAGAGCUUUAGUUCUCUCCGAAUGACGAUGAAUCCCAGGGCACCUUUCUACUUAUAGAGCGAUAUCUGCUAUGGGACUCUUGAUAUUAGUGAAUAUUCUCACUUGUGUUCAACCCCAAGCAUAUUAACAUUCGGAUUCUGAUUGGUUUGUGGCUACAGGUCUUCGGUGAGAUUUGGGCUUUGACAUAGAUGGGGCUCAAAUUCUUUGAUUCCAUGUCUGUGUCUACAUCUGAGAUUGCUCGUCUAGGAACAAGUUACUCUGCUCUGCUCUCCAAUUUCGGGCUUCAAGCUACUCUUCCAUUCUCUAUACACUUCAACUGCCGCAGAGGGCUAAUUCCGAUGGCUCAAUGGUCCGGCACUUCAGAUCGUAAAUAUUUAGCAGAUAAUGUUGCAGCAAAAACCAGUUCCCGUGAUUUAAAUGGAACGAAUGUAAUUGGAACACAUUUAAAUGGGGCAGCCUUCAAUCUGUACUUCAGAAAUAUAAGAACGCUCGAUGCCUUGGAUGACCAGUAUGGGGGAGUUCUCGUUAAUCCAGAUGGGUUGCCAGAUAACCCAUCUGCCUUUGCACCUAUUUUGCGUCUCUCUCUUUCGUAUUGGAAGAAGAUGGGAAAGAAGGGAAUUUGGCUUAAGUUGCCCUUAGAAAAAUCUGACCUUGUUCCCAUCGCUGUGAAGGAAGGCUUUCAAUACCACCAUGCGGAGCCCGGAUAUUUGAUGUUAACACACUGGAUACCUGAAGGACCUUGCAUGCUUCCUGCUAAUGCAUCACAUCAAGUAGGAGUUGGGGGAUUUGUUGUCAAUGACAACAAUGAGGUACUUGUGGUUCAAGAGAAACAUUGUUCUCCUGCAACUUUAGGUCUUUGGAAGAUUCCAACUGGAUUUAUUCUUGAGGCGGAGGAGAUAUACAAUGGAGCUGUAAGAGAAGUGAAGGAAGAAACUGGGAUUAAUACUGAGUUCAUUGAAGUCAUAGCAUUCAGACAUGCGCACAACGUGGCAUUUCAGAAGUCAGAUCUGUUCUUCAUCUGCAUGCUAAGACCCCUCUCAAGUAACAUCAUUGUUGAUGGCAUUGAAAUUGAGGCCGCUAAGUGGAUGCCGCUAGUGGAGUUUGUAAAGCAACCACAGAUCCAGGAGGAUUCAAUGUUCAUGAAGAUAAUAGAUAUAUGCAUUGCUCGCAUGGGGCAGCGUUACUGUGGACUAUCACCUCAUCACAUGGUUUCUAAGUUCGAUGGAAAGUCAUCUUCCUUAUAUUAUAAUGUCAUGGAUACCCACCAAGAUGUCAACUGUAUAGGCAACUAAACCUCUUAAUCGCUUCCAAUAUGUAUAUAUGUGAUUAUAUAUAUGUACAUAUAUGCACGCACACGUUUACAUAUAUCAGGACCAAGUUCAAACCUGA